UCUCUCUCUCUCUCUCUCUCUCUACACCUCUCAUGGUUUUUUCCCAUCUGUCUCUCUCUCUCUCUCUCUACACUCCCCCUCUCAUGGUUUUCCCAUCUGUCUCUCUCUCUCUCUACACCUCUCAUGGUUUUCCCAUCUCUCUCUCUCUCUCUCUCUCUCUACACCUCUCAUGGUUUUCCCGUCUGUCUCUCUCUCUCUCUCUACACCUCUCAUGGUUUUCCCGUCUGUCUCUCUCUCUCUCUCUCUACACCUCUCAUGGUUUUCCCAUCUGUCUCUCUCUCUCUCUCUACACCUCUCUCAUGGUUUUCUCUCUCUCUCUCUCUCUCUCUCUCUCUACACACCUCUCCAUGGUUUUCCCAUCCCAUCUCUCUCUCUCUCUCUCUACACCUCUCAUGGUUUUUCCCAUCUCUCUCUCUCUCUCUACACCUCUCAUGGUUUUUCCCAUCUGUCUCUCUCUCUCUCUACACACCUCUCAUGGUUUUCCCAUCUGUCUCUCUCUCUGUACACCUCUCAUGGUUUUCCCUCUCUCUGUCUCUCUCUCUCUCUCUCUCUCUCUCUCUCUCUCUCUCUCUACACCUCUCAUGGUUUUCCCAUCAGUCUCUCUUUCUCUCUCUCUCUCUCUCUCUCUCUCUACACCUCUCAUGGUUUUCCCAUCUGUCUGUCUCUCUCUCUCUCUCUCUCUCUACACCUCUCAUGGUUUUCCCAUCUGUCUCUCUCUCUCUCUCUCUACACCUCUCAUGGUUUUCCCAUCUCUCUCUCUCUCUCUCUCUCUACACCUCUCAUGGUUUUCCCCUCUGUCUGUCUCUCUCUCUCUACACCUCAUGGUUUUUUUCUCUCCACCUCUUAUGGUUUUCCCAUCUCUCUCUUUUUCCACCUCCCUUGUUUUUCUAACUUUCACUUCCAUUCUCUGUAUCUUUUAUUCUUCUGCAUCCUUUUUCCCUUUCUCUCCAUUUAUUCACCAUGCAACCUCCAUCAAAUUCCACUGACUUAUACAUACCCCAUAAUAAAAUAUGUUUAUUGA